GUUCGUCCGCACACUCCUUACCACUGUAACCGAUCCCUAUCCGGCAACACCUUCUUUACCGUUAGUAACAUAACCCAAAUGGUGCGAAUAUCAUUAAUAGCUAUUCUAGCUGUUGGGUUGCAGCUGAGCGCUGCUUCACAGCCUGUACCUCGCAACUACGCAGAGAGACUAUAUUAUACACUUCAUUCACCAUCUGAGGAUUUCGAAGCUGCCAAGCACACUGCUCAAUUGUUGAAUGCUCGAUUCGAAGGCUACGUUGGAGAACUUAAGAAUCAUUUUCUCAUCAGUGUCGAUCGUCCAUCCAUAAGUGCUCGAUCUGAAGUUGAUGAGCAUGACCAUACACUUACUGCGUUCAAAGCCUUAAAAGCGCAGAAACUAGACAAACGGGGUGAUGUUUCUGUCAGGGCAAUAUCGAGCAUAGAAAAACAAGUACCUCGCCGAAAGCUGGUCAAACGAGCUCCUAUCGAAACUUAUGAAGAGCGACAGGACCCUCCUGUGAGCGAAAACGCUGAUGAAGAGCAGAAGGCAAACGGCAAGAAAAUUACUUGGUGGCUAGAUGAGCCUGGAGCCUACUUGGCCAUGAAAAAGGAAUUGGGUAUAAAAGACGUUGGUUUUGAUAAUCAAUGGCAUUUGGUGAAUAGGGAGCAACAGGGCAAUGAUCUAAAUAUCACAGGCGUGUGGAAGCAAGGAAUUACUGGAGAAGGCGUUGUCGUUGUACUAUUGGACGAUGGCUUGGACUACGAGAGUGAUGACUUGAAGGAUAAUUUUUACGCUGAGGGAUCUUACGACUUCAAUGAUCAUACUCCACUUCCCAAACCUAGAUUAAUAGACGAUAAUCACGGUACACGAUGUGCUGGCGAAAUAGCAGCCGUCAAGAAUGAAGUUUGCGGAAUGGGUGUCGCAUACAAUGCUAAAGUAGCUGGUGUACGCAUUUUGUCAGCUGAAAUUUCGGAUGCUGACGAAGCAGAGGCUCUUAAUUACAAGUAUCAAGAGAACGACAUCUAUUCCUGCUCUUGGGGUCCUCCGGACAAUGGCGAAGUAGUUGACGCUCCCAAGGGAUUAGUGUAUGAUGCCAUUGUUAAUGGAAUCAACAAUGGUCGCAACGGAAAUGGUAGUAUCUUCGUCUUCGCAUCUGGAAACGGUGGCUCUUAUGACGACAACUGCAAUUUCGACGGAUACACUAAUAGCAUGUACACCAUCACUGUCGGAGCUGUUGACCGAUUGGGCAAGCAUCCAUACUAUUCUGAACGAUGCUCUGCACAACUUGUUGUUACCUACUCUAGCGGUAGCGCUUCACGUAUCUAUACAACGGAUGUUGGAAAACAAUCAUGCACUGACGGCCACGGAGGAACUUCUGCAGCUGCCCCUUUGGCAGCUGGUGUCUUUGCACUCGUUUUAUCGAUACGACCAGAUUUAUCUUGGAGAGAUAUGCAAUAUCUCUGCGUAAAGACAGCUGUUCAGGUAGCACUUGAUGAUGAUGACUGGACAACCCUACCCUCUGGCAGAAAAUUCAAUCACCGUUUCGGUUAUGGAUCUUUAGAUGCCUAUCGAAUCGUUGAAGAAGCCAAAACUCACGUCAAUCUUCGCCCACAAACCCACCUUGCUAUACCACACCUUACCAAGAAACCACAGCCCAUUCCCGAUCUAACCGGUCAGGAUGAUCAUAGCAAAGCUUUCAUCAGUACCAUCAAUGUCACUCCUGAGAUGGCAAAGGGUGUGGGAUUAUCAAGACUUGAACAUGUUACUAUUGGCGUCGACAUUCAGCAUGAACGCAGAGGUGAUCUGGAAAUAUUACUUGAAAGUCCACAUAAUGUAACCAGUCAACUGGCUGCUCGAAGACGCUUCGACACUAGUACCGAUGGAUUUGGAAAUUGGACAUUUAUGACUGUGAAGCACUGGGAUGAAGACCCUAUCGGUGACUGGACUUUGCGUGUCAUUGAUGCGUACAAUCCUGAGCAAACAGGAAGUGUUGUGCAUUGGACCCUGAAUCUUUGGGGAGAAGUUGCUGAGGAUUUCGAUCCAAAUGCCCAGCCUAUUGAAACCCCUGUGGAAACCUCCAGUACAGUUGAAGAGCCAGUGGAGACCACUACCGCCAGUUCAGAAAUUGAGACAGCCUCCGCAUCUCCAUCGGACAGCACAUCGUCUUCCCCCAUUGAGUCUGGUACUUCGACACCCGCAGCCGACCCUAUUCAAACUCCUGGCGCUGAACAUGCGGACGAGGAGCUGGAGGUGUCCCCUGUCGGAAACGGUACCAAUGUACCUGAACACAUAGUCUCCAGCGGUAGCACGAUUGCAUAUAUUGCGGUUGGAUCUGCCCUUAUUCUUGCAGCAGCAGGCAUUGCGUAUGUUGCUAAGCGCAAAUCAUGGGCAGACAAAGGAUACAAGGAGCCGCCAAUGUCAAAUAGAACUGAGGGAUAUGAAUUCGAUCUCUUUGCCGAUGACGAUGAUUCAGAAGCUGAAGAAGAUAAUGAAGACGAUACCGGAAGUCAUGCUACUAGUCCUAUGCUCGGACGAGAUAAGGGCAAGGGCAAAAUGGUUGCCAGCGAGCCGGAAGACUAGCCAUACCCCAAAAGCAUAAAAAUGUUUGAUAGAAAUUCAUUCUUCUAGAUAAAAACAAAUUCAUACCUUUUUUUCAAUUCAACGUCUUUCUUAAUGUUCGAUUGCAUGUUCUGAUUCAUAGUUUUGCAUUUUUCAUAAUAAGAUUCAAAUAUGGCCAAUUUCUGUUAGUUCUCAGCAACAACGUCUUUGAAAUGGGGGUCGACUGAGU